AUGAAGCAACAGCUUCAUGUCCUAAACUUUGGAAUGUACAAUUUGCUCAGGGUUAAUGAUUAUCACGGUUUGUGCAUUUUUCAUCAGCAAGAGACAAUCCUCUAUUUUUCACUUUGCAAGAGCCAUGCAAGCACAACAGCAAUGAUCAAGCUAAUUCUAUUUGCAGGUCUUUGUCUAUCCCUGGGCAGUUUGGCCUCAUCCUCCAGGCUUGUGUGUUAUUUCACUAACUGGUCCCAAUACAGACCGGGCAAUGGGAAAUUCAUGCCUUCCAAUAUUGAUCCAAACCUUUGCACCCACCUGAUCUACGCCUUUUCUGGUAUUAACGAAGCAAAUGAGUUGGUCACCAUAGAGUGGAAUGACGAGGUACUCUACAAAUCCUUUAACGGACUCAAACAGAGGAAUCCAAAUCUUAAAACAUUGCUAUCGGUUGGAGGCUGGAACCUUGGAAGUCAAAAGUUCACUACAAUGGUGUCAACACAAGCCAACAGGAAUACAUUUAUCCAGUCGUCUAUCAAGCUGCUGAGAAAACAUGGUUUUGAUGGACUAGACCUGGACUGGGAAUACCCUGCAGCAAGAGGAAGCCCUCUGGAGGAUAAGCAGAGAUUCACAUUGUUAUGCAAGGAGCUGCUGGAGGCCUACAUAGCUGAAGGAACAUCAACUGGGCGUCCCAGAUUAAUGAUCUCAGCUGCUGUAUCUACUGAGAAAGGAACCAUUGAUGCUGGUUAUGAAGUCGCAGAGAUUGCAAAGUACCUGAAUUUUAUUAAUGUGAUGACAUAUGACUUUCAUGGCACCUGGGAGAACGUCACUGGACAUCACAGCCCUUUAUACAAUGGGUCCCAUGACACUGGGUACCAUGUUUACUUAAAUACUGAUUUUGCUAUGAGAUAUUGGCGCGACCUCGGAACACCAGUAGAAAAGUUAAAUAUGGGCUUUGCUACAUAUGGACGAGCAUUUCGACUCUCUACUCAGUCCAGUGAGGUUGGAGCACCAGCCAGUGGCCCUGCUGCUGCUGGUGUUUUUACAAGGGACGCUGGUGUCUUGUCCCAUUAUGAGAUUUGUACUUUUCUUAAAGGGGCCACUGUUCACAUGAUUGAGGAUCAGAAAGUUCCUUAUGCCACCAAACAAAACGAAUGGGCUGGAUAUGACAACAAAGACAGUUUUCACACCAAGGUCCGUUACCUACAAGACAACAGAUUCGGAGGAGCCUUUGUCUGGUCUCUAGACAUGGAUGACUUUAACGGACAGUUUUGUGGGGAGGGGACUUAUACCCUCAUCAAGUAUCUUCGCUCUCUUUUAGCUUCAAGUCUUCCUCCCCUUCCUACUUCAGAAAGUACCCCAAACCCAGUGACUCCAUCUCCAAACAAGGAUCAGCCUCAGACCACACCUUCUCCCAGACUUACAUUCAUUCCGCCAUCCAAAACCACUGAUAACUUCUGUACUACAAGGAUUGGUGGUGUCUAUGCCAAGCCUGAUGCACCAAGUUCUUAUUACAAUUGUGUCAAUGGCAUCACCUGGGUCCAUAACUGCCAAAGUAAUUUAGUCUUUAAAAACAGCUGCAAAUGCUGUGACUGGCUCUAAAGACAGCAAUUGCUUAAGCUUACUUUUGCCCCAAAACUGCUCCAAGUCUGUUGACCGUAGAUAAAACACUCAGAGUUUGUUUAAAUUGGACCACAAAGUCUGUCAAAUUCAAGAUGUAAACAAAUAAAUAGCAAAGCUGUCCUUAUAGGAAAUUAGACUUGACUGUUAUACUCUGAUGCACUCACUCUGUACAUCUGAUAAGCUUAGAAUUUAAUGAUAAGAUAGGCAUAUGGGAGCUCACACAAAAGGAAUCUUAAAAGUCCGGUUUGUUGGAUUUAGAGAGACCUAUUGGCAGAACUGACAGAUACAUUAAAAAUAUGACUGUGUACACCUCUGUGUAAUUACCUGAAGAACUGCUGUGUUUUUAACUUAGCAUGAACCCUUUUCAUCUAAAGAGGGAGCGGGUCCGCUUCCAUGGGGUCCGCCAUGUUUCUACAGUAGCCUUGAACAGACACACUAGAUCUAGAUCUAUGUUAUGUUUUAGCAGCUAACACAGUUACUCCCAAAUAUUUGGUGGGGAAGGUGAUGAGUAUUCAGACGGUUGCAGUCUGCAACCUCACCACUAGAUGAUACUAAAUCCAACACACUGCACCUUUAAUUAUUCUCCAUUCUCAAAUUAUUUUGUCCACAACCCAAAGAUAUAUCCAUUUACUGUCAUAUAGGAGUAAAGAAACCAGAAAACAUUCAAAUUUGAGAAGUUGGAAUGUGAGAAUUUUGACUUUUUUUCUUUAAUAAUUACUCAAACUGAUUAGUUAUCAAAAUAGCUGCUGAUUAAUUCAGGAAUUGACAACUUAGUGAUUAAUCAUCUUUCAUUGUGAAGACGAUAUGUUUUUCUUUGCAUUACUCCUGCAAGCCACACUCAUGCAAAACCCUAAACACCCUUUUAGGUGUAGCAACUGCAGAAUCUGGCAGUUACAGGUCUAGCUACAUUCUGUUUGUCCCUGGAAAAUGAGCCUGAAACAUUGAGUGCAGCAUUUUACGUUUGGUUAAACAGUUCAGUACUGCUCCAACUGUUUCAUAAGUUUGUAAAUGCUAUCAUCUAUUGUUUGUGUUAGGAUUAGUAAGUAAGUUCUUUGCACAAAACACAUCCAAAUUUACCUCAUAACUUUAAUUUAUUUGCUUAUUGUGUGAGUUUGGGUUUGAUGAUAUACCUCUGUUUGCAAGUCUGGGAAGUCACAUUUUCUCACAAGUGCAUGAACAACUCAUCCAAGCAGCACUAAUGGUAAAAAAAAAAGUGCCACACACUGAUAAUGUAUCUUCAGCAAAAACAAACAAAUAAAAAAUAAAACACCAA